UAUAAUUCUCCCUCAAUCCCCUACAACUUUCACUAGAUCUUGUCACCAGCUUACCGAUAUCGAGCAAACGGAGGCCUGUCAGUUCCAUUUCGGUCUUGAAAGUACGUAUCUUGCCCCCCGCAGAGUACACGGGGCCGUUAGACGUAUUUAUCUUCGUAUAUGAGGCUCCUCCCCCUUCGUUAAUUUGUGCCUCUAGGUUCUCUCUCUGUCUCCCUUUAGCAUUCACUAGAUCGUGUCAGCUUACCGAUAUCGAGCGACCGAAUUCUUGUCUAGUUCCAGUCCUCCUUGGUCUCGAAAAGUACGUCUUUUGCAUAUAAUCCUCAUUCUGUGGAGUACACGGGGUAUGUUAAAAAUAUAGCUUCGAGUCAUUGCGUUCUGUAGUACGUUCCUGCAUGCGCAGCUCCCUCUCGUGCGAAUCUUAUAGAAUAUAUACUAGAAAAAUUUAUAUAUUAUAGGGGUGUAUAUAUUUGUUUAAAAGACAAAUUCUCAGUUUCGAUUGACGGCAAGGGGGUGGGUGGGAAAAGAGGUCUGCUCUUUUCAUCAGCUUGAUGGUUGCGUCGCUAAAUUCUAGUGCCCCGAGAGUUUCGACAUACAAGGCAAUGGACGUGUUAAAGCAGAAGUAUGAGCGUGUGUUCACUCACUUUGACGGGAACAGAGAUGGGAGGAUUUCGCCUUCGGAGCUCCAGCACUGCAUCACUGCCAUCGGGGGUGAGCUUUCUCUGGCCGAGGCAGCAGCUGCAGUGGUGUCGCUGGACAUGGAUGGGGACGGGCUGCUAGGGUUCGAGGACUUCGUGAAGUUCGUGGAAGGAGGAGGGGAGGAAGAGAAGGCGAACGACCUGAGGGAGGCCUUCAAGAUGUACGAGAUGGACGGGUGUGGGUGUAUCACGCCGAAGAGCUUGCGGAGGAUGCUCAGUCGAUUAGGGGACUCCAGGACGGUUGAUGAGUGCAAGGUGAUGAUUUCUAGGUUCGAUUUGAAUGGGGACGGGGUGCUCAAUUUUGAUGAGUUUAUGGUCAUGAUGUCAUGAAUCGAUUUCCAUAUAUACACAUGUAUGUACAUUGAAUUGAACUAUUACUAUACAAAGUAAAGUAGAUAUAUUUGUUCUUUUU